AUGUCUGCUAUCGGCUCCCUCGUCUUCUGCACCGACUGUGGUGACCUUUUACCUGCCUCCCAGGGCAGUGUAAAGAACAUUCUGAUUUGCAAAUGCUGUGGCGCGGAACACAGAGAUCAUGCCUGGAAGGCCGUAACAACAAAGACAAAGCCCUCCGACUUCCCGUCAGCCCUACGACAGAAGCUUUCCAUAGUCCAGACCGUUAAGAGACACGAAGUACAAACCGAAAGAGUCGACCCCAACAUGGACUGCCACAAGUGCGGGAGGCGCGGCAUUCGCUACUCUGAAGUCCAACAGAGAUCUGCCGAUGAAGGCUCAACAAUUAUCUACAACUGCGAGUGCGGUGAAAAGUGCGCAACAGUUGAUAUCGACAUUGUCUUUUCUGUUCUUGCUAACAUUGAACCCCCAGAUGGUCCACCAACAACUGAGCUGCUACCCUUCCUAAUUCACGACAACCACCCACGAUAUGCCCGAGCACAGAAACAUCUAACAAACCCGCCCUCUCAAGAGGCAGCCAAACCAAACAUCGUUUUAAUGACCAAACGCCUGUUAUCAACAAUAGAACGCUCAAAGAUACCCAUCCAUAUUUACCUCCCACUCAAAUCCCUUGCUUAA